UGUUUUUACCCAUAUUUAACAUUUUUGAACAAGACUACAUAAUACCCAGCGUGUUUUUGAAGUUGUAACAGUGUUGUUUUACAAGUACACAUAACGUUUUCGCGGAGGGAUCCACACUCAGCCGCUGGCUCUGGCGUGGAGCAUAAUUUGAAUCGCUCUCUGGCUGCUCGUUUUUGUCGUUUGUUUUAUCAUGUAUUUGAGCCCUUAAUGCCUUUCUACGACACACUAGUCUGUACAUGUUUUUAUAUCUCUUUAAACGGUAGACACCCCUUUUAUUUGCCUUAGCUAAAUGUAUAAGAUGGCUACCGUGGAGAUGAACAAUGCUAGCACUGAAGGAGAUCAGAAGGAGAACAUGUCCCCCUCAGAAGAGGACUCCCCUCCCGUUGUCAUUGACCCCUCAGACCCCCUGAAGUUCUCCGAGCUCACACCUUGUCAGUUUGGCAUCUCUGUCCAGAGUUUUAUUCCAGCGUCAGUCAACAGCAAAGAUAAGUCUCGUCUAGCACAAAUAAAAAAGGCAAGGCGGAGGUCCAGCGUUGGUGUCCGGGGCUCCCCAGAGACAAACUCCCUCAUUCGCUUCAUGGCACAACAGAGGAUGAAGACUCCACCAACCUUCAAAACUCCAGAGCUUGUCAGAAGUAGCCCCUUCCUUCCCCGGGUCGGCUCCACGCUGAGGCAGAAGAUGGCCUCCUUCCAGAGCCUGAUGGAUGUGGAAGAGAGUGAGGUCUGUGAUCCAAUGCCAAGGCAGGACAGCAACACUGGAGGAUGCAUCAAGACAAGAGAUUAUCUGUCUGAUGGAAACAGCCAUAAUGGAGGGAAGGAGAACUACCCACCAAUGACGACGCCCGUACCCAGCAAGAGGAGGCGCCUGGGCCCCCAGGAAGGGUGUGAGGUUGAGAUUAGAGAGGGCAGCACUCCUAUCUCCAACGUCAGUCUGACGGAGCAGGAGGAGGAAAAAGAACCAGUGACGCAGGUUGUGACACAAGGACCACUGCCAUCCACUGAGACCGGGGAUGAGACCAAAGCUGUGCUUAUAUCCCCAACCCUUCACACACUUCUUGAGCUCCAAGGCUGUUCCCCUGCUAAGGACCAACAGGACAGUCUUUUUGAACUCCAAAACCUCGGCCGACCACCACCCAGUGAUGCCGCAGGAUCAUCAUCCCCCUUUCACGUCCCCUCUGUCCCCUCUUUGCUGGAGAUGAAGCCCACAGGAGAGGAUGACUCCACCGGGACGUCCACUGUUAAAAAAACAAAAAAGAGGGUGCACUUUGGAGGUCCGCUCUCUCCUGAGUUCUUUGAUAAGAACCUACCCCCCAGCACACCGCUACAGAAGGGGGGCACACCGGGCCGGGCACCCACACCAGGUGGGAGCUUACAGCUGCGCUCACUGCUGAAGACGCCGCAGAGGAGUGAAUCCCAAACGCCACAAGCUCAGCCAGAUCCCAGCAGCCCCUCUGGGUUUGGUGCCUCACCUACACUUGCAAUGCCUCGCAACCGCAGCAUGGCGUCUGUGGGAGAGGACGGUGAAGAGAAGGAUGGAAAGAUUGUUUUCCCUUCAAUGGAGGAGAUGGACUCUGCGGGCACAAGAGAUACAGGAUACACGUGGGAUCCUAAGCCGUUGAAUUUGAACACUGCUUUCAAUGAGGAGUCUCUUUCACAGAUUCUGACAGAGUCUGAGACUAAACCCAGCACAACCUCCCAGAUGGAUGCCCUGGACGAGCCUACAUCCUUACCAGAGCAGGAGAAGCAACAUGAAGCGGGUGUGGAAGCUCCGGCCCAAUCUAGAAACCGAAGGAAGAAAAAGCAGCCAGGACCAGCGCAUGCAUGUGGUGGUGAGGCUCCAGCUCACUGCGGCAGUCUAAAGAGAAAGCAGCCAGAGGAGAGCGAACCUGUGAAGAGGUCGACACGCUCGGCUGCCAAGUCGGCCUCUGGGAAGAUGAAGAUGACCUCCACAGCAGCCCGGCGGUGGAGCAGGGGCGUGGACCGCACCCUGUACGGCUCUCGGGCAUUUGCCUCCAAGAACCCCAACCUGAGUCCCAUCACUGAGACAUUGUCCCUCAUCAGCCAGUCUCCAGCAACACAGCACACUCCUUCUACAAGCUGCACAGCCCCAAAUCAUGAGACCCACUUGAACCCUGAGAUGGCGAACGCCAUUCAAGCAACAGGUAACAUUACUGUGACUAAUGUAAUGGAAGAUCCUUCAGAAGAUUCCGUCACAUCACCCAACUCCAUUAAAGAAAGCCCCAGGGGGGACGGCAAGAGGCCGGCAGGGCCGAGAGGGAGAGCACUACAGAAAAGGAAGGUCAGUGUUGCUGAUGAUAUCCUGUUCUGUGAGCAGACUGUGGACAAGACUGGAGUAAAGACAGAGGGGUCCUGUGAAGACCAAACUACUACAAACCUAGAGGCAUCAAAGGAAACUCCUCUGAACCCCACUGGACCUGAAGGAGAAGUCAACUCUCAAGACAUUGCCCAGACCUCUGCCUAUACAAACUGCACAGACUCUGAUGGGAAAGUAGAAUGCCAUGGCCGUCUGGACGCACCCUCCUCAGACUGCCCACCUUUGGCUUUCAAUUUUAGUCUGCUAGCAGAGCCGGCACAUAGAAAGACCAAGCGGGGCAGGAGGAGCUCUGUAAAGAGCUCGGUGCUACAGGAGCAGGGUCACCGGGCAGAGGAGCACCCAACCAGCCAUGAAGUGAAGGAGAAGGGACACCCAGAUCAAGUAGCUAGCCAGCAGGAAAACAUCAGGCCAAGCUGUGAUAGCCAGGAGGUGGGGGGGGCAGCCGGUUUUGAUCUUGCCCCGUGGCAGGCUGACUUUAAUUUUGAGGAUGUGUUCCGACCUGUCGCCACUAGAGGGCAGCGCUCGGUACGCCGCAGCCUGAGGAACAAGUUCAAUGCAGAGCAAAGCGGCAACGGUGGGGGUCUCGCCUGGCUGCCUUGGACCUCCCCCGAGUCCAGCUUAGAGGCGCGCAGGAAGACCCGUGGCCGGCGGCUCACUGUGGCUCCACCUGUCCAACUUCCACUUCCCGAGGAGACACAUGAGACUGUAACCUGACUACAUGAACAUGAACCGAGAUUAAAUGGGGAUAACUAAUGCAUUCAUUACACCUUCAUACAUACCUACCCUGUUUCCUUAAUAUUAAAAACAAUGAUUUCCCAAAGAACAGGCUGAUUUUUUUUAUUUUUUUAUUUUUUUUUUUAUAUAAGCUAAAACAUUGAUGCCUUUGGUCUCUGAAUUAUUAGAGCCGACCAGUAAUUUGUAGCCGGUUUCCCCUCCGCUAACCAAGCGGGUCAAUACACUGUGAGCCCAAUCAUCUCUGCUGACCACCACCCGAUCAAUAUCCAACCACUCAGCUGGUAAUCACAGCGCAUCUUCACUCUCGCUCUCCAAAGUCAUUGGAUCGAGCAUCUCCAAGUCAAUAUCUACUCUUUGUGCAUAGAAGAUGGCGCUGCUGCAUUCCCCGUCUGUCAAGCAAGGCUGGGCAGGAGGAGUAGGGGUUAACAAUAAUGGAAUAGUAAUGGAUGGAGAAGAUGUGCCUUACACAAAGAAAUGUAAUUUACAGGCUCGAACUGUUCUCUUGAUUUGUGGUUACGACCUUGUUUUUCUUUUUUACUCCCCCAGUGAUCCCAACUGUUGACGGAUUAAGGAAAAUGUCCAGAAGAGCUCCCCGGCUAAUUGCAUUAUCUGUGCUUUUAAUGGAUGGUUUUAAUUAUAUACUGUCAAGACUUAAUAGUAAUAGCAAGUCCGAUUAAAUUUGUCUUAAAUAUUGUCCCAAAUUAGAAAUAAGUGUGUGUUCUUAAUCAGUUCUCUGGAAUGUCUAAAUGUACCUUGCUAGACUCCAAUUGUGAUUAAAUGCUUUGGUUGCAAGUAAAGACACCUCGUUAGAUCAAAUUGUUUGUUUAAACCAAUGAUUUAUACUCAUUGGAAAGGAAUUCGCCCAGAUAAUAAAACUGUCAAUAUCUCCCCAAAUGUGAUUAUCCAGCUGUGUGAUCAGUUCAGAUCAAGUACAGCAGCUUUCCUUUCACAUCACCGUGCAUGCAUCGCUACAUUAAUGACCAUUCUGAUCUACAUUUUGCACACAGCCAAUGUGUGGAAGUCAAUUGACCUCUGACCUCAGAUUCCAGCAGUCAGAGAUUGAAAUCAGGUCCUCUUUACUGGCUCCAUCCAUCUGUCAGAGGAACGGAGAGCGCGGUAACAAAUUGAGUUUCAAAUUCAGUUCGCAUAGGAAAAUUGGCUCCUAGAAUGAUGCAUGGCUGUAAUCUAUCCACCACUGGGUAAUUGACUCGCUCCUUUUACAUCAGAGUCACUUGGCUGAAGGACACCAGAGGUUUCUGGCUCCCAGCGUGUGCCAAGGUCUCUUCUCUAUUCCCACUGGAAGGCUGAUGCAGACAGGCGGAGCUCUGGGUUGACCCCGUGGUGCUACUGUGCCAUCUGGUGGAGGGCCUGAGGAGCUGACGUCGCCAGGUAUUCAGCAUCAACUUGAUCAACUAUGAGGAGAUGAAAGAAGUCACAGGAACUGUUAUUAUCUGGGGAGCAAAUCAUUUACUUAAUGCAUGUUAAUUUGUCUCAGAGGGGCUUUUGAUUGGUGCUACUGCUGAACCAGAAUCACUUCACGGCUUUUAUUUCCAGUUAGUUUUUUUCAUAUCAUGUGCCUUUUUCAUGGCUUUUCUUCUGUCGUAUUAUAAAACUUGUAACUGGGA